AUGUGCCUGUUCGCAGACAGAGAAAACCAUAAAGAGCGUACCAGCGACUCCUUUAUAGCGCCGGAGAUCCGUGAGCCGCAACGCGUUUCGGUGUAUAAAACGAAGCAUAAGGAGGGAGAAGAACCAGUUUAUCUAGCAAUCAGUGUGUGUCUAUCUAUCUAUCUGUCUAUCUACCCGUCUGUGUCUCUGCAGGUCCCGGUGUACAAGACGGCGGUGGAGCAGGUGGUGGUGCCGGUGACGAAGCACAAGACGCACUACGAGACCGUGCACGUCACCAAGCACCAGCAGGAGUACGUGCCCAAGUACGUGACGGAGAUCGUGUACAAAACCAAGGUCAACUACGUCACCAAGGUCCUCACCAACUACGAGACGGUUUACGAGACCCAGUACGUGACGGUGCCCCAGUACGUGCCCAAGUACGUCACGGACACACUCUACCAGACGCACUACCACACGGACAUCCAGUACCAGCCCAUCAUCUCCACGGCCUACACCCCCGUCUACGUCACCAAGAGUCAGGUUCAGUACCAGACGCACUACCAGACGCAGGUGGUACCCAAAUACGUCACGGUGAACAAGGAGGUGGUGGCCUACAAGACGGUCUGCCCAAAACCCGUCUACGGUCACUAGAUAGACUCCUCAACUCCCACUUCUUCAAGACAUCCCAUUCUCUCUCCCUUCAUCCCCGCCUGCCCAUGGACACUAGAAAGCCCCCUUAUUUACCCCCCCCCCAUUCUACUCCUGAAGACACCCUGAUCCCUCCCCCUUAACAAGACAUACCAUUCUCUCUCCCGUCAUCCCCGCCUGCCCAUGGACACUAGAAAGCCCCCUUACCCCCCCACCACCACUUCUACUUCCUGAAGACACCCUGAUCCCUCCCCCUUCACUCCCCCUCUCGAGACUUUCUGCCCGGUUCGUCAUAUUGAACAAGACGGUCUGCCCGAAACCUGCCUAUAGUCACUGGAAAGUCCCUCCCUUCCUCCCCCACUCCUUGAAAACACCCUGCUUCCUUUCCCUUCAAUCUUUCUCCCAAAAUAUUCUUCUCGGGCACCUAAAAUUGAACAAGGAGGUAAUGGGCUACUUUAGUGUCUCCCCAAGCCUUGCCUACGGACACUAGAAAGCCCCCUCCCCCACUCUCCCAAUCCUUGAAGACACCUUAUUUCCUUUCAAUCCCCCUCUCAAGACAGUCUGCCCAGCGGCAUCACAAUCAUCAAGGAAAGGCCUACACAAGUAUGUUAGCUGGGUCUGUUUAGGAAAUUACAUGCCUUUCUCACUCCCUCUGCUCCAAUAAUCAACCUACAGCCAACUUAACCUUCAUUCCAUUUUUCUUUUUUUGUACGUACCAGUCUGAGGACUUCUUCCACUUCCAUGUUUUCUCCCCCUCUUAUGUAACUUCCUUUCGUUCCUUCCUCACCUUUAUCACAUUCCCGCCCUUCCAACUCAUCAUCCAUGCUUCAUCCCCUCUUGUCCUCCUAUCGUCCCCUUCCUCACUCCUAUGCAAUCCUGAUCCCCUUCCCCCCUCCCCUCCUACUUCCCCAGCCCUCCCCGCUCCCCGUCCCCAUCUCAGGAUCCCACCACGCCGCGUGCAUGCCCUCCCCGAGCUGUAUUUAUUGUGUCUGAGUGUGUGUAGCGAACAAUAAAGACGUUGAA